UGUUUUGCAUCAGUUAGCUUGCCUCGUGCGCUGGUGGAGCAUCACAACAUCAACUCAGCCGCUGCGAAGUCGGGAAGCGUUGCUCUUACUUCGAUGAAGGCGAUGUCCACCAUGGUGUAUCCGCGCGAUGAAGCCCUGGAGCGCCUGACCCAGGAUGAGAUUGUCCUCAACACUAAGGCCGUCAUGCAGGGCCUGGAGACGCUGCGUGGCGAACACACCCAGCUCCUCCACUCGCUCCUGGACUGUACCCAGCCUCCCAUCGCCCAGGAGAAGUCCGGCCUCCUCAGGAAGAAUCUGGAAGACAUCGAGCUGGGCCUGGGAGAGGCGCAGGUUAUCAUUGCUCUGUCCAACCAUCUCAGCGCUGUGGAGUCAGAGAAGCAGAAGCUGCGCGCCCAGGUGCGUCGGCUCUGCCAGGAGAACCAGUGGCUGCGGGACGAGCUGGCGGAAACACAGCACAAGCUGCAGCGCAGCGAGCAGUGCGUCGCUCAGCUGGAGGAGGAGAAGAAGCACCUGGAGUUCAUGAAUCAGAUCAAGAAGAUUGACGACGACGUUUCUCUGUCGGAGGAGAAGGGCCAGAGCUCCGGAGGGAAAGGAGCAGCAGCAGGAGGAGGAGGAGACUCUUCAAAGGACAGCCUGGAUGACCUGUUCCCCAACGAUGACGACCAAGGAACAGCCCAGCCCAGUGGGGAGGCAGCAGCCCAGCAGGGGGGCUACGAGGUCCCCAACCGUCUCAGGACGCUGCACAACCUGGUGAUCCAGUACGCCUCCCAGGGCCGGUACGAAGUGGCCGUGCCACUCUGCAAGCAGGCCUUGGAGGAUCUAGAGAAGUCGUCCGGACACGACCACCCCGACGUGGCCACCAUGCUCAACAUCCUGGCCUUGGUGUACAGGGACCAAAACAAAUAUAAAGAAGCAACUCACCUUCUGAAUGACGCCCUAGCUAUCAGAGAGAAAACCCUGGGCAAGGACCACCCAGCUGUGGCUGCAACCCUAAACAACCUGGCUGUGCUGUUCGGAAAGAGGGGCAAAUACAAAGAGGCCGAGCCCCUCUGCAAGAGGGCCCUGGGGAUCAGAGAGAAAGUGAGAGGCUCCCAGCGCCAACGGAAACCACAGCAUUUGAAUGAAAAGCCCAAUGCAAAGCAUUUUUGCAAAUCCGUCUCCCAAACGCUCAUGAGGCUGUCUCCUUUCUGCCCUCAGGUGCUGGGCAGAUCUCAUCCUGAUGUAGCCAAGCAGCUGAACAACCUGGCCCUGCUGUGCCUGAACCAGGCCAAGUACGACGAGGUGGAGUACUACUACAAACGGGCCCUGGAGAUCUUUGAGUCCAAACUGGGAGCCGAUGACCCCAGUGUAGCCAGGACCAAAAAUAACCUGGCCACAUGCUACCUGAAGCAGGGCAAGUUUAAAGAUGCAGAAGCUCUGUACAAAGAGAUCCUGACCAGAGCUCAUGAGAAGGAGUUUGGAUCUGUCAACAAUGAUAACAAGCCCAUCUGGAUGCAUGCAGAGGAGAGGGAAGAGAGCAAGAGUAAACAGAAGGACUCUGGGCCGUAUGUGGAAUAUGGCAGCUGGUACAAGGCCUGCAAGGUGGACAGUCCCACUGUGAACACAACCCUGAAAAGCUUGGGAGCGUUGUACCGUCGUCAGGGGAAGCUGGAGGCAGCAGAGACGCUGGAGGAGUGCGCCAGCAAGUCCCGCAAACAGGGGAUCGAUGCCAUAAAUCAGAGUAAGGUGGUGGAGCUGCUGAAGGACGGACCAGGGGGAGGGGCAAACAGGCGGCAUAGCAGGGACGGACCAGGGGGACGAGGAGAUGGCGAGGGCGACGACGCUGCCGAGUGGAACGGGGAAGGAAACGGGUCUCUGCGUCGCAGCGGGUCCUUUGGAAAGAUCCGUGAUGCUCUGAGGAGGAGCAGUGAGAUGCUGGUGAAGAAGCUGCAGGGCAGCGGACCUCAGGAACCCCGAAACCCAGGAAUGAAAAGAGCGAGCUCCCUGAACUUCCUGAACAAAAGCAAUGAGGAAACCACACAGGAUGCCAACUCCGGCCUCUCAGACAGCAGGGGGCUCAGCGCCAGCAACGUGGACCUAACCAGACGCAACUCCCUGAUUGGUUAGACACGCAGCCAAGAGGUGGGACAGAGAGAAAGGGUCUGCUUACCUCGGUUUGAGCAGCAGCCUCAUUUGAUUUUAUUCUAUUUUAAGGAAAACUAAAAAGAAUACAAAAAACUUGAUGUCACUACCGCUGCUACCGCUGUACAAUCCGCCGCCGUCGACCAGAAUACUGAAUAGUUUCGUCCACAUUUAGGAGCAUGCUGCUGAACCAGAGAGAGGAACGUCUGCACCUGAACGCCUCGUGUUUUAAACCCGUAGCAGUUCAGUCUCAUCCUGUUCCCUCUGUCUCCACUCUCCUUUGAAGAACACUACACUUUUGGUUUUCAAUAUUUUCUUUUUUUUCCUUGCAGGUAAAGUCUGUGUAGCCAGUUUCAGGUCAGAGAGAUGCAUUGCACUUUGUAUAUUCCUCACGUAGCACGGCGUAACCGCUGACGACGGUACCGUCUCAUCACAAUCGACCUUCUAGGACUUUUAGGGAAACAUGAGCUCUAACCAUUUCAACCUCAAAACGUUGGCCUUUGUUUUUUAUUUUUAUGUAUAUAAACACUAAAUUAUUUGUCAUUUGUGUGUGUGUAGCUUGAUUUGACUUUUUUUGUUUACACUUUAGAUGGGGGCUAAACUGGAGCUAUAUGAUAGAAGGGACUAGGAUUAGCUGGAGAAUAUGUGGGAAAUUAAAGGAAUUUAGUCAAAUGUGAUUUUUGGUUGAUCUUGUUGUUUAACACUUAAAAAAAAUGCUGAUGAAUCUAAAAUCUUGAUCACUGAAGUGAGUUCAAACUGGAAAUAUACACUUGAAUGUUUGAAAUAUAUAAGAUGACAGGAGCUGUGAGUUAAAUGCUGUUUUUCUUUUUCUUUUAAGUGUUUUUUUUUGUUAAUUUGUGGUUUAAUUCAUGAGGACUAUGGUUGAUUUAUUUAAUUUAAAGAACAAUGUAUUACAACAACUGUUAUUUUAAUUCAAGCUCAUCAGAUCUGUAUUUGGUCUUUAAACCUUCGUAUAGGACUUGUUUAAAGCGGUGCAUCAGCUGCAGUAUCUGUACAGUCAAUCUAAUCAUUUAUAGAAACUGAUACUUCGUCCUCCACUAGUGGAGAUCUGUAAAAAUCUUUCACUGCUGUCGCUUCAUCAAACCCUGAAGAACUUUAGCAAACCUUGAAUGUCAGUUAAUUGAAUCAGCUGGUAAAUAAUUACGUAAUGCGUUCAGAAAUGAUUGUUUUGAACAAAAAACACUAGUGGCACAAUUAUUAGCCUCCCUGCUAAUGCUGGUUUGAAUUGUUUUGUGUUUUUUUUUUUUUGUCAUAAUUUCAUUCCUUUUUAAUUUUUCUGUCAGAUUCCAUCCGAUUUUGAGCGAAAAUAUCACACCAUUUGGAAAAGUUUGAAAUAAAACUAGCCCACAGCAUCACAGAUAUUCUACCAUACAUACCAGUGAUUAUUGUGAGAGAAGCUUUUCUGCAUUGCUGUUGUUUUCAUCUAAGUAAAGUGCGUAGUUUGCAUUUUUUCAUACCUAGGACAGAAAUUAUUUAUUUUUUUUCCCAUGUUUUCUUUUUCAAACAUCCAGCAGGCGUAUAGCUGGUGUCUCCAGAUGCCGUUCUUUGCUGCUAUUAUUGAAGUUAAGUUAUUGAUAAUCAAUCAAUUGUUCCUAAUAACUCAGGUCAACCUAAAACUGUAAAAAAUAUAUCAUUAUAUAUAUAUAAUUGAUAUAAAAAUCUUGUUGCAUACAUUUAGAAGGGAGUUGUAUAUUCUGCUGAUAAUUGUGCCUCUAUUUAUUUUUGUUAGACACUGCUGCAAUAUUUUUUUUUUUUUUUUUGUGGAAUUUUAAACAGGGUUUGAAACAAAUAUUUCCACAUCUGUAUCUUUAUUUUUCUGUAUAAUUUUACAGUAAACAACCCAAAGUGGCAUCGUUCUCUCCUCUAAGAGAAAAUAAUCCCUCCUCUGUCAAUUUACUUCAUAUAUUUUGUCUUCAUGUUACGGCUGUAAGCUUUUAUUUUGAAGGUACACUCUACUGCUUAUCUGAAUGUUGUUUUGAUGCCUUCCACUUUGAUUGUUCAACUACACUAGAUCAGAAAAACAAAAGAAACAUCCACCAAAGAAGAAUGUACAUGUGGUGGGAUAUCAUUUGUAUUUCUGACAUAUCCUAUCAGCUUCUGAAUGUUUGGGCGGCUUUAGUUUGGUAGAAGAAAACAGAGGAAUUCAGGAAGUGAAUAAAAGUGAUUUUUGGGACUAAAAAGCAAAGCAGCCAAUAAUAGACAUAGCAGGUCUUGUUUAUCACACCAGGCAUUAGUCACAUGCUCCUCUGCAGAGGCCUCAUAUAUAUCAACCAGUGUAGAAUAUUUGGUGUGAUGAUAGAAAACCGAAGCUGCAGCAGGUUUUAAAUAUUGAUCUUUAUCUGCUGCUGAGGGGUUUCGAUGCAAAGCAUCAAAGAUGCUUUUCUCGUCGCCUUGGAUGGAAUUGUAGCUUUUAAGAUGCUCCUGUAAAUCUGUUUUAUGGAAAUGUUCAAUAAAGACAUGUUUCACUUUUA